UGACGUCACUGCUAGGCGCCCAGUGGCACGUUUGUCGAGCCUUCGGCGGGCUUUCUGCGGGCAAAAAUGGCUAUGGCUAGCGAUUUCUACCUGCGCUACUAUGUCGGGCACAAGGGCAAGUUUGGACACGAGUUUCUGGAGUUCGAGUUCCGGCCCGACGGAAAGCUUAGAUAUGCCAACAACAGCAAUUAUAAAAAUGAUGUAAUGAUCAGAAAAGAGGCUUAUGUACACAAGAGUGUCAUGGAAGAACUGAAGAGAAUUAUUGAUGACAGCGAAAUUACAAAAGAGGAUGAUGCUUUGUGGCCUCCCCCUGACAGGGUUGGCCGACAGGAGCUUGAAAUUGUAAUUGGAGAUGAGCACAUUUCUUUUACUACAUCAAAAAUAGGUUCUCUUAUUGAUGUAAAUCAGUCAAAGGAUCCUGAAGGCCUUCGAGUAUUUUACUAUUUGGUACAGGAUUUGAAAUGUUUAGUUUUUAGUCUUAUUGGAUUACAUUUCAAGAUUAAACCAAUCUAAAUUAUAUGUUUUUUGAAACUCUUUUUAUAUUUAAUUAAGGGAUUGGUAAGGCAGGUUAUUUGUCAUUUACAAUGUCGGGAUUUUUAUGUAUGUGAAGCAAACAAAUUUUUUUGUAUGCAAAUUGAAAAUAGGAGAACACAUAAGUAGGCUUAAUUGUUAUCGUCACUUGUGUCCAAGCAGGUUGGGCAGUCCCCACACACAUGAAAUUUGUAAAUAAAAGACACCUUUUGUUGAAAUUUUGCGCCAAUAAAACUGACCAAAG